AUGGCCCACUGGAGGGGCGAGUACGCUGCCGCUUUGGCAGCUCGAGAUCGCCAUGAGAAGGCCAACCUCACAAUAUACAAUGCUUAUACCAAGCUUGCCGAUCGAACAGCCUCCUCGGUGGUAGAAACACCGGGUACUCCGGGCAUCGCUACGCAGCAAUCUAUAAACCCCCCACCAGUCGCCGAUCCCAGACAACAGGCACCUCGAGUACAAGGACCUUCCCCACAGGAUAUUCUAUCCACGACGAGAACAGAUCUAGCAGAAGCACAACGAUCCCGUACCGAGCUUCAAGAACGACUUGCUCGUGCAACUACAGAGCUGGAAAGGCUGCGGAAAAGAAACACUCAUGACGCUAAACGAAUUACCUCGAUGGAGAGUGAAAUCGCCAACCUGCAACUUCGAUUAAGGGAUAGAGAUGAGGAAUUAAAGGGGAAAGCAAAGCUUUUAGAAGAAUUUCAAGACGAGUUAGCUGCGUUGAACCUUCAAAUUAACAUGGCCGAACAGCGCGCAGAUCGUCUGCAAAGGGAAAACCAUGAUCUGGUUGACCGAUGGAUGGCCAGGAUGGGGAUAGAGGCAGAUGCCAUGAAUGAUGCUUCCAAGUUCUCGUGAUACCCUCCCUGGCUUUCUUUGAAUUUGGUGAAUAGCUGGCCGCCCCCUUUCAUUUCUAAUAUCCCUCCGGCAUAUAGAACAUUCCACUGCGUAGACAGUACGCUACUCUUCAUAAACUGGGCCUUUAGAUUUGAACGCAUGCCUUGAACUCAUAAAGUGGACAAUGUGCCCCUGGCGAUCUGGUGACCUGUAAAACUCCAGUAAUUUUUAUAAUGAAGGUGAAAUAUGGUAUCUAUUCUGUAUUGGCAAUAAUAAUGGU